AUGCAGACGGAGGAGGAGACGGCCACCGCAGAAGAGCCCAUUUUGGAGGAAGGGUCAGGACGAGAGCAGCAACGGCCAGUUCAGCAGUCUCUGGCCUCCUCCCUGUGUCGGGAGUCCCAUUGGAAGUGCCUCCUCCUGACCCUCCUCAUGUACGGCUGCUUCGCCACACUCGCCUGGUGCGCUCUGUGUCGGGUACCCGUUCUCGGCUCCUCCUCCAUACCUCUUGGUGCUGACGACGAUGCCACCUCUGCGGCCUACUAUAAUGACAUCCUGCACUUGGAGAGUCCCUGCUCUAGUGGCUACUUCUACAUCCCUCUGGCUUUUCUGGCCAUGCUUUAUGUGGUUUACCUGGUGGAAUGUUGGCACUGCUUCUCCAAGACAGCCAUGUUGGCUCAUGCUGAAUUCCAGGAAGUGUACGAGCGAGUGCAGAGACUUCAGCAGGCCACACCCUGUAUUUGGUGGAAGGCCAUCAGCUACCACUACGUGAGGAGGACGAGACAGGUGACAAGAUACCGCAACGGAGAUGCAUACACAACCACACAGGUCUACCAUGAGCGGGUGAACACUCAUGCCUCCAGUUCGGAGUUUGACUACGCCCGUUAUGGUGUCAAAGACGUAUCGAAGGAGCUGCUGGACCUGCAGCUGCACCCUGCUGUUCGCCUCCGUUUCACCAAAUGUUUCAGUUUCUCCAGUGCACGUGCUGAAGCUGCCUACCUCACCCAGCGAGCGCGCUUCUUCGGGGAGAACGAGGGCCUUGACGACUACAUGGAGGCCAGGGAGGGAAUGCACCUGAAGAACGUGGAUUUCCGCGAACACAUCCUGGCGUUCCCAGAUCCUGCUCAUCAGCCGUGGUUUUCUAAACAUAGGGUGUUCUGGCUAGCCUCAGCUUUCCUCCUGUCGUGGCCGCUACGGGUUGUGUCAGAAUAUCGCACAGCAUACGUCCACUACCAUGUGGAGAAGCUGUUCGGGGAGGAUGAGGAUACAGGCGGAGGAGGGGGUGGGGGAGGACCAGGUGGAGGAGGAAGAGGAGAUGGGACUGAAGGUGGCACCGAGAAUGGAAUCCACCCAGGAGGAAUCAGUGUGGGAACUGGUCUGAACGGGACGAGCUACAGAGCCAUCUCUCGGGUGAACACAGUGGAUAUGACAGAGUUGGAAUGGCACAUCCGCUGUAACCAACAGAUGGUCCCAAGCUACUCUGAAGCCCUCCUUAUGGACUUGGACACAAGUGGGGGGACAAACCCCACUGUCUCUACUCCCAUCUCUGGGCCUCCUGGCACCACCCCCAGCCAGAUGACCAACCCGCCUCCUCUGGCUCUGCCUGUGGUGUUCAACUCAGCUUACCUCCUCCAGAGUUGUCCUCGAUGCCGGAGAACAACGUCGAGUUCCAGUCUUCCCUCCAGGCUAAGGGCCCCAAUGGGAACCACAGCCCUCCUGAAUGCUACCGUGGCAGGGAUCAGGGCAACAGGGCCAGUAGGUGGGGGUAUAGGAGGAAGGCUGGUGCUCAGUCGGAGUGGAUUCUCACUAGGAAGACUGGGAGGAGGACGCCAGAACAGCCUGUUUCAUUCAAGAAGCAUGGGAGGAGGGCUGGGAGGAAGUAGGGGAGAUGAAGGAGGAAAUGCAGGUGGUGGGGGCGGAGGCGGAGGUGGAGGUGGAGGAUUCCUUGGGUUAGGUUCAAGACAGGACAACGAGGAGACCAGAGGAGUGCUAGAAGGAGAAGGUGAUGAGGAUGAGGAAGAGGAGCAGGAGGAGGAGGUGAGGAGGAGGGAAGACAGGGGAAGAGGAGGCAGAGAGAGGGAUGAAGAAGCAGAGCAAGACAGUGGAGGGGGGGGUGAGGUGAGGGAGGGGGAGAGGGAUCGUCCUCCAUCCUACCAGGAUGCAUUCUUCUUUCCUGUCCUCAUUAUACACGGAGAAGAGAGCUGCCAUGCUGGAGAGGACAUGUGACGAUCAGAAAUAUCAACACGUUAAAAGAAAGAAAGUACAUGCAGAGGCUGAGGGAGAUGAAAGGAAAGAGUGGAUCACAGAAGAAGGGGAUGAGGGAAAAUGAGAUUUGAUAGACCUGAAGAAUGAACGAGAUGAAAUGAGAACCGAACACGUUUAAA